AUUAUCGAGACGGCACGUCUUCAUUUAUUGAGGGAGACGUUAACUCACGGACCCACACGACCAAUGGGGAAAGUUAUUGAGGGGGAUGAUGCUUACAGGGCAGCUUCCUCCGAUUGCUCACAAUUAUUCAGGUGGUUGAAGAAGUGA